CAUGGCGACGCGACGCGCGCGCGGGGCACGCCGGGAGCGCGGGGCCUGGGCGAGGUGAACGCGGCGCGCUCAGGUAUGGCGGGAAUGCGAGGUGAGCACAUCAUGCUGGUGCCCGAGGAGGAAGAGGAGGACCUCUACUCAGGCUACAAUGAGUACAACCCCACCUACGAUAUUGAGGAGCUGGAGAACGACCCAGGCUUUCAGCAAGCCGUGAAAACAAGUCAUGGCCGCAGGCCACCGAUGACAGCCAAGAUUCCAGGCACAGCAGCAGUGAGAGCUCCCGGAACUGCCAUGAUGAUGAGAAAUCGUCUGGUUUCAUCCAUAGGAGGACGACCCAUUACUGGGGCUGUGCAGGACGGUAGCCCCGGAGCCCGACCCUUGACAGCUGUACGAGCUGCUGGGUACAGCUCCAUGGGCUCGAGAGGCGCUGCAUUUGACCCAAUGGGCCAGUCCCGAGGACCAGCACCUCCACUGGAGACAAAAGGAGAGGACACGCCGGAGGAGAAGCUGAAGCAAAUGGAGAAGAAGGUGAUGCUGCUGGUGGAGGAGAGCGUCAUGGCAGGCAGCCGUGGGGAUCUGACCCUGGCGCUGGAGAAAGCGAAGGAUGCGGGGCGCAAGGAGAGGACGCUGGUUAGAGAGCGUGAGCAGGCGGCAGCCAGCGACAACACUAACCUCGACCUCACCUACGCCGUGAUGUUUAACUUGGGUAACCAGUACGCUGCUAAUGAAAUGUACUCGGAGGCACUGAGUACCUACCAAGUAAUUAUCAAGAACAAGAUGUUCAGUAGUGCAGGUCGGUUGAAGGUGAACAUGGCCAAUGUUUACCUCAAGCAAAAGAAUUUCCCAAAGGCAAUCAAGUUCUAUCGCAUGGCCCUGGACCAGGUGCCGUCCAGCCAGCGAGAGAUGAGGAUGAAGAUAAUGCAGAACAUUGGCGUGGCAUUCUUGCGCGUGGGCCAUUACACCGAGGCGGUGUCGGCUUUCGAGCACAUCAUGAGCGAGAGCCCCGAUCUGCGCGCUGCCUUCAACCUGACGCUCUGCUACUUUGCGCUGGGCGAGCAUGAGCGCAUCAAGCGAGCCUUCCAGCGCCUCGUCGCCGUGCCCCUUGGUGUCGGGGAUGAGGACCGCUACACGCCACACAACGAAGAUCCGCACACUAACUUGGUGAUAGACGCCAUCAAGAAUGAUAUGCUGCGGCAAAUGGAGAGGGAGAGACGCACCAUGGCCGAGCGUUUCAUCAUGACGGCAGCCAAGCUGAUCGCCCCCGCUAUCGAAGAGACCUUUGUGGCGGGAUACGACUGGUGUGUGGAGACGGUGAAGGCAUCCCAGUAUGUGGAACUGGCCAAUGACCUGGAGAUUAACAAGGCCAUCAUGUACCUCAAACUGAAAGACUUUGAUCAGGCUGUUGAGGCGUUGAAGAUGUUUGAGAAAAAAGACACGCGUGUGAAGAGUGCAGCCGCCACCAACUUGGCAUUUCUCUUCUUCCUGAGGAAUGACGUGGCCCAGGCGGAGAGAUAUGCCGAUGCAGCCAUGGCGGCCGAUCGCUACAACCCGCAGGCGCUCGUUAACAAGGGCAACUGCUUGUUCCUCGGGGGCUCCGCGGAGCAGGCGGCCGACUACUACCGCGAGGCGCUCCGCAACGACGCCUCGUGCACCGAGGCGCUCUACAACCUGGGCCUGGCGCACAAGCAUCUUGGACGUCUCCAGGAUGCGCUCGACUGCUUUCUCAAGUUGCACUCCAUCCUGCGCAACCAUCCUCCAGUGAUGCACCACAUCGCCAGCAUAUAUGAAGCACUGGAGGAAGCAGGCCAAGCAGCGGAGUGGCUGCUGCAGCUGGUGACAGUGGUGCCCACAGACCCACACGCCCUCGCCCGCCUCGGAGACGUCUACGACGCUGAUGGGGACAAGUCUCAGGCCCUGCAGUACCACUAUGAGUCGUACCGUCAUUACCCGUGUGACAUUGAGGUGAUCGAGUGGCUCGGAGCCUAUUACAUCGACUCCCAGUUCUGUGAGAAGGCCAUCCAAUACUUUGAGAGGGCGGCACUCAUACAGCCCACGCAGGUGAAGUGGCGCCUCAUGGUGGCAAGCUGCUAUCGGCGGAGCGGAAAUUAUCAGAAGGCUUUAGAAACCUAUAAGAUGGUGCAUGUGCAGUUUCCAGAAAACGUGGAGUGCCUGAAGUUCCUGGUGCGGUUGUGUAACGACAUGGGACUGAAGGAGGCCCAGGAGUACGCCACUAAGUUGAAGCGUGCUGAGAAGGCUCGGGACGUCAAGGAACAGCGAGUGAAGUCUGGGCGUGUUGGGAGUGGUCGGACGCUGAGGGAGGGCAGUGCAGGGAGUGACAGGGGAGGAAGUGGCCAGGGCGUACGCGCCGAAAGGCUGAGUGGCAAGUUGCGUUCCGUCGCCCCUGGUGGGCAAGGUUAUGAUAGCAGCAACCCUGGCAAGCCGAUCGACGCUUCGUACAGCGACCCGCUGGGCCCGCAGGCCGAGCGGCCCCGCACGGCCGCAGCAAGGAGGCGGCCCCAGGAAGAUGAUGACUUUGGGGAUGAUGAGAUCACCGAUGAGCUGCUGCCGGACUAGACCCGGUACAGGGCCCCCCGUGUGUGAAGAGACUCGGUGAACGCCACCCCCCCACUGCACACGCGGCUAGACUCAGUGACCCCCCACCACUGCACACAGCUAGACCCAGUGACCCCCCCCCCCCUGUUGUAUGUGUUGAAUUAUGAACCCCCCCACACGGCUAGACUCAGUUUACCCCCAGCCCACUCUGCAGCUCAUGUUGAUCAGGACAGAUUGGAACGACUAUUACUUAAAACAAACCAACCAUAGGCAAGGCAGUUAUACACUGUGUGUGUAUGUACACACAGUAAAAGCUCUGUUAUCCGGCAUCCAUGGGGAAUGGUGGGUGCUGGGUAAUCAAAUAUGCCGGUUAUCUGAGAGUUAUGCGUACUUAUGGUUCACCAAAUGUUCCAAGUACAUACAACUUUUAAAGAAAGAAACAAAGCCCACAUACUAACUCUGAUAUAAGAAGUAAUAAUCUCCCUUUUACAAAGGUACUCAUUGGUUAGUUUUAGAGCAUCAUUCUAAGUUGAUUCUAGAGAAGCAGUGGGCCGUUUAGAGUCGUACAACAUACAAAGUCACGAUACAGCACAAUGCCAUCGCUACGGUGGAUGGCGGAUGUUUACAAUUGAGACUUCCGCUAGCGUCACCACUCUAAAAGUGUCUUGAAGCCUGCGUAAACACCAACGGAUCUUUGAAAAGCGCACGGCAAGAUGCCGGAUGGCUGUCGCAAUGUUUCGGGAUACGUGAAGGAAGAUUUGUUUUGCCGUUUAUGACAGAUACCGGUUCAGAAUCAGAAUCUAUUUAUCCUGGAGAAAUUCGAUGAGCUAUUAAGCUUCUUAACAUAACAUUCUGGAUGGUAAAAUGCCGGAUAACAGAGCUUUUCGUGUAUAUACAUUCAUCAUAAUCGUAUGUUUUCUUGUUGAUUAUUAUUCUCUGAUUGUUGGUAAACUGUCUGCCUCAUGGAGUUUAUCAGUACAUUUUUAAAAGAGCAUCUUAAUAAAUAAAUGCAUCUCA